AUGAAUAAUAAUAAUAAGAUAUUUCAAUUUAAACUUGUAUUAUUGGGCGAAGCAGCCGUAGGCAAAAGUUCUUUAGUAUUGAGAUUUGUUCGUGGACACUUUUUAGAUUAUCAAGAAAGUACUAUAGGUGCUGCAUUUUUAGCACAAACAGUUUGUUUAAAUGAUACUACAGUUAAAUUUGAAAUUUGGGAUACAGCUGGUCAAGAACGUUAUCAUACAUUAGCACCAAUGUAUUAUCGUGGUGCACAAGCAGCAAUCGUUGUUUAUGAUAUUAGAAGUGAAGAUUCAUUCGAAAGAGCAAUCAAAUGGGUUAAAGAAUUACAAAGACAAGGUAGUCCAAAUAUUGUUAUAGCAUUAGCAGGUAAUAAAUUAGAUCUUGCUGCUAAACGUAAAGUUGAAACAGCUGAAGCACAACAAUAUGCCGAAGAAAAUGGACUUCUUUUUAUGGAAACAUCAGCCAAAACAUCACAAAAUGUAAAUGAACUUUUUGUAGAGAUUGCUAAAAAACUUCCAAAAACACCAACCACUAGACCAGGUUCAGGAAGAGUAGCAAUUGCUCCAAUAGAUAAUGGUAACACUGGAAAGAAAAACAAAUGUUGUAACUAA